AUGCUGCUCCGCAAGCUAGUAUCGAGUCGGGACAGUACAACCUUCAACGAGAUCUGCUUCCUUUGCGUCUGUGACCGGUCCUACCCCCGCAAACUCGCUUUCACCUAUCUGGCCGAUCUGGCGUCCGAAUUCACAACCACCUACUCCCAGCAACAAUACCUCUCGCCCACCCUCCGUCCAUACGCAUUCGUUGAAUUCGACACCUUCAUUCAGCGCACGAAGAAACUCUACCAAGACAGCCGCGCCUCCCAGAACUUGGACAAGUUAAACGACGAACUGCGCGAUGUCACCAAGGUCAUGACAAAGAACAUCGAGGAUCUCUUGUACCGUGGAGACAGUCUCGAGCGCAUGGGCGAGCUUUCCGGUCGUCUCCGUGAGGACAGCAAGAAAUACCGCAAGGCAGCCGUCCGCAUAAACUGGGAAUUGCUUGUGAAGCAGUACGGGCCUUUCGCCGGCGUUGGGUUCGUGGUUUUAUUGUUGCUCUGGUGGCGAUUCUUCUAA